AUGAAUAUGAUGUCUAUGAAAUGGCUCUCAUUUCUGCUGCUGCUACAGCUGACUUGCUACUUCAACUCUGGAAAUUGUGGAAAGGUGCUUGUGUGGCCAAUGGAAUAUAGUCAUUGGAUAAAUAUAAAGACAAUUCUGGAAGAACUGGUCUCAAGGGGUCAUGAGGUGACUGUUAUGACAUCUUCAGCUUCCAUUUUCAUUAAUACCAAAAAAGAAUUUGGUAUUAAAUUUGAGAAUUUCCCUGUAUCUUUAACUAAAGAUGAUUUUCAGUAUAUUUUACAGUGUUUGCUUGAGAAAUGGACAUAUAUGGAAAAAGAUUCAUUUUUGUCAUAUUUUUCAGCAGUGCAAAGUUUAUUUUGGGAAUAUUCUGAUGUUACUAUGAAGAUGUGUAAAGAACUUGUUUCAAACAAGAAACUUAUAACAAAACUACAGGAAUCAAGUUUUGAUGUCAUUCUUGCAGAUGCCAUUGGACCCUGUGGUGAACUGCUAGCUGAGAUACUUAAAGUACCUUUAGUGUACAGUCUCCGCUUCUCUCCUGGUUUUUCAUUUGAAAAGUAUAGUGGGGGGCUUUCAUUUCCACCAUCCUAUGUACCUGUUGUUAUGUCAGAAUUAAGUGAUCAAAUGACAUUCAUGGAGAGGGUAAAAAAUAUGAUAUAUGUACUUUAUUUUGACUUUUGGUUCCAGACAUUUAAUGAGAAGAAAUGGAAUCAAUUUUACAGUGAAGUACUAGGAAGACAGACUACAUUAUCAGAGACAAUGGGAAAAGCUGAAAUAUGGCUCAUUCGAACCUACUGGGAUUUUCAAUUUCCUCACCCACUACUACCAAAUUUUGAAUUCGUUGGAGGCCUUCACUGCAAACCUGCCAAACCCCUGCCUAAGGAAAUUGAAGAGUUUGUCCAGAGCUCUGGAGAAAAUGGUAUUGUGGUGUUUACUUUGGGGUCAAUGAUCACUAACAUGACAGAAGAAAGAGCUAAUACAAUUGCAUCAGCCCUUGCCCAGAUUCCACAAAAGGUGCUAUGGAGAUACAGUGGCAAAAAACCAGACACCUUAGGACCCAAUACUCGGCUGUAUGACUGGAUCCCUCAGAAUGACCUGCUUGGUCAUCCAAAAACCAAAGCCUUUAUAACUCAUGGUGGAACCAAUGGCAUUUACGAGGCCAUCUACCAUGGGAUCCCUAUGGUGGGCCUUCCUUUGUUUGCUGAUCAACCUGAUAACAUCGCUCAUAUGAAGGCCAAGGGAGCAGCUGUCAAAUUGGACUUGGAAACAAUGUCAACAAGAGAUUUGUUUAAUGCAUUGAACGAAGUCAUUAAUAAUCCCUCAUAUAAACAGAAUGUGAUGUGGUUAUCAACCAUUCAACGUGAUCAGCCUAUGAAGCCCCUGGACCGAGCAGUCUUCUGGAUCGAGUUCGUCAUGCGCCACAAAGGAGCCCAGCACCUGCGGCCAGCCAUCCACGACCUCACCUGGUACCAGUACCAUUCUCUGGACGUGAUUGGGUUCCUGCUGGCAUGUGUGGCAACUGCGGCAUUUGUCAUCACAAAAUGUUUUCUGCUUUGUUACCGAAAGUUUCUUAAAACAGGAAAGAAGAAGAGGGAGUAG